AUGUCAGACAAAAGCGACUUAAAAGCAGAACUUGAGCGCAAAAAGCAGCGUUUGGCUCAGAUAAGAGAAGAAAAGAAACGUAAGGAGGAAGAAAGGAAGAAGAAAGAGGCUGAUCUGCAGCAAAAGAAGGAGCCAGCUCAGGAAGAUUCUGACCUAGACCGCAAAAGAAGAGAGACGGAAGCUUUGUUACAGAGCAUUGGUAUAUCCCCAGAACCACCUCUAGUCCCAACCCCUAUGUCUCCCUCUUCGAAAUCAGUGAGCACACCCAGUGACGCAGGCAGCCAGGACUCGGGAGAUCUGGGACCCAUAGGAAG